AUGGUCAUACCUGCAUAGUUUAUUGAUUCACAAACUUAUGGGUGGUACCUACAUAGUUUUUUGACUCACCAAAUCCGGGGGUGGUACCUACAUAGUUUUUUGGCUCACCAAAUCCGGGGGUGGUACCUACUGCCCGAAUAUAGUAGGGUCCUCUACCCUACGGCCGGAAUACGAAUUUCUAUCCGUUUAUGGGAUGUUAAGACAGGAUAAUAAAAAGCCAAAUUAGAUGGUCAUUCUUCAUAUGUUUUAGUUUAUUCAGUCAAUUUCUCCCCUAAUGGAAAUACAUUAGCAUCUUGUAGUUCAGAUAAGUCUAUUCGUCUCUGGAAUGUAAGAACAUCAAAGGAAAUAAUUCAAUCAGAUAGUAACUAUAAAGAUUUGCUUGCCUAGUUCAACAUAUCUCUUCAAAAUAGCUCCUUAUUGCCAAAUGGUAUUAAUUAUUAAUUAUUAUUUAGUUAAUCCUGAUCGUACAAUACUUAGAAUAUGCUAGAAUCCUAUUUUAGAAGCAUCAGGAACACUUAUCUUAAAAGGACAAUUUGUGAAUUAUUAAGGGAUAGAUUUAAAACCAUUGUUUAAAACAAAAGGAAGUUUCUUUUUCGAAGACUUAAAACAAAAGCAAAAGUGA